AUGAUUUUUGCGAUUGAGGAGAUUAACCGAUAUGGAAGACUGCUUCCAAACUUCACUCUGGGAUACAGGGUCUAUGAUUCCUGUAGCACCCCACACCAGGCACUGAAAGCUGCUACAGAGCUAAUGGGAAGUAAACCAGAGGCCAGCGGCCCUGCAGAGGUUGAUGCAUUGGCACAGCUGGUCAAGUACUUUGGCUGGACAUGGGUGGGUGUCAUAGCGGGUGACGAUGCUUAUGGACUUGGUGGAGCCAACAUAUUUGCGGAAGAGAACCAAUCUUUGUCAUCUCCUCCUGAGGUGCCCUUGUCAGUGUGCAGCAGCAUUUGUCUUCCCGGCACCCGCAAGGCAAUCAAACUCAACUUUCCUAUCUGCUGCCAUGAUUGUGUGGCUUGUACAGCUGGGGAGAUUAGCAAUCAGACCGAUGCCAUAGAGUGUGCCCGCUGCCUGCCCGAAUUCUGGUCCAACGAUGAGCGAACAGAGUGUAUUCCAAAACAAGUAGACUUUGUGCACUUCAGCGACACCAUUGGCAUCACUCUAACGGCUAUUUCCCUCUUCGGUUCCCUCUGCACCUGCAUAGUGGUCUUCAUAUUCUCCUGGCACAGAAAUACGGCCAUAGUUAAAGCCAAUAACUCUGACUUGAGCUUCUUGCUGCUCUUCUCCCUGUCCCUGUGUUUCCUGUCCUCUCUCACGUUUAUUGGAGAGCCGACUCAGUGGUCCUGCAUGUUCCGCCACACUGCGUUCGGCAUCACCUUUGUCCUCUGCAUCUCCUGUAUUUUGGGAAAGACCAUCGUGGUGCUGAUCGCCUUCAGGGCCACACUUCCAGGCAGCAACAUGAUGAAGUGGUUUGGCCCAGGAAAACAGAAGGCCAUCAUUGCUUCUUGCACCUUGGUCCAAGUGAUAAUUUGCGCAGUGUGGCUGGUGGUGGCUCCCCCAGGCCCCCGGCGCCUGAUGCCCCGUGAGAGUGCUGUGGUCAUCCUGUUGUGUGAGGAGGGCUCUGCUGUGGCCUUCGCCCUGGUGCUGGGUUACAUCGGCCUGCUCGCCUGCCUCUGCCUCCUUUUGGCUUUUCUGGCACGGAAACUCCCCGGAAACUUCAACGAGGCCAGACUCAUCAGUUUCAGCAUGCUCAUCUUCUGUGCCGUGUGGGUGGCCUUUGUGCCGGCUUACAUAAGCUCUCCGGGAAAGUACUCCAUGCUCACUGAGCCUGCCUAUCCAGACACCAAAUCCUCGCAGCAUCGUCAGUACCAUGGCAAAAGGAUUCAGGGAAAUAGAAAGGCAACAGCCAAGAGAGAUGUGGGACUCACGGAUCCAGACCAGAAACUGUUCCCUGCUCUCCUCAUUGUGGGCUGGGUGGUGUGCUGCACUGCUGUGGUCUAUUUUGUUUACAUAUUUGCAUGGAAGAGAGGUUUUGGAGGAAGAAUCUAA